AUGGGUGUGAAUAAGGACUUUGUGAUUGAAGGGAAACUGCUGUGGAACUACAAGCUCAAUCUGACGACUGAUCCGAAGUUCGAGUCUGUCGCCAUUGAGGUGUGCAAGACCACCAUCAGUGGGAUUAAGGAGUGUGCCGCUGAGGAACGUGGGAAGGGUUACCUGGUGUCGUGUUUAGUAGAUCACCGCACCAACAUCUCCGAGUACCAGUGUAACCAGUACAUCACCAAGAUGACCAGCAUCGUCUUCAGCGAUUACCGGCUGAUCUGCGGCUUCAUGGACAAGUGCAAGGACGACAUCAACAAACUGCACUGUGGAAGCGUCAACACUGGAGAGAAGGUAAGCCCAGUGACUCAACAACACACAGCACAACCAGUGUAG